ACCGGUGUGAGGAUGGUAGACGUCGGGACGCUGGUGGUGGGAUUGGUGGGGUUCGCCUGAUAGCGCCCACGCCCAGGUCAGGGGCCUCACCGGCCGCCUUGCGACCCGGAGGAGCUCUGCGGGAGGCCAGGUAGCGCGGAGCAGACCUGGCUUGUGGCGUUAUCUAAACGAGGCUUACCAGCCCAAGACAGUAUUUUAAAAUGCAUAUUAAAUCAAUCAUUCUCGAGGGAUUCAAGUCCUACGCACAGAGGACUGAAGUCAAUGGUUUUGACCCCCUCUUCAAUGCUAUCACUGGUUUAAAUGGUAGUGGCAAAUCUAACAUCCUGGACUCCAUCUGCUUUCUGCUGGGCAUCUCCAACCUGUCUCAGGGCCGAAUUACAAAAGUGUUAAAUAUGAAACCUCCAGAGAUUUUAUCCAUGAUAGAAGAAGCAGCUGGAACCAGAAUGUAUGAGUACAAGAAAAUAGCCGCCCAGAAAACGAUAGAGAAAAAGGAAGCCAAGCUGAAAGAAAUUAAGACGAUACUUGAAGAAGAGAUUACUCCAACCAUUCAAAAAUUAAAAGAGGAAAGAUCCUCUUAUUUGGAGUACCAAAAAGUAAUGCGAGAAAUAGAACACCUGAGCCGUUUAUAUAUUGCUUAUCAGUUCCUGCUGGCUGAAGAUACAAAAGAACGCUCAGCUGAAGAGUUAAAAGAAAUGCAGGAUAAAAUAUUAAAACUUCAAGAAGAAUUGUCAGAGAAUGAUAAAAAAAUAAAGGCACUUAAUCGUGAAAUAGAAGAGUUCAUUGUUGUGUCCCUCAAAGAAGGCAUGUUCAACAAUGCAAAUGUUCUUUUCAAAACCAAGUUUGUGGAUGGUGUUUCUACAGUAGCCAGAUUUACUCAGAGUCAAAACGGAAGAAUUCCAAAGGAAGCCAAGUCCAAGGCAAAGGGACCCAAGUGA